AGGAAAAUGGUUCAGUCACUCUUGCCGAGCAAUGAACACCUAUCGACACAGCCAUUCAUUAACAAUUGCUACUCGGAGAUGUGCAUGUCGAGCGGAGCUGUCGCCAUACCACCCGAAAAGAAGCUUGGAUGGAUUGUGACUGCGAUUUUCAUCGUUGCUGACAUGGUCGGCGGCGGAGUAGUCGCCAUGCCAGUCGCCUUCAAACAAUCGGGUCUAGUUGGAGGAAUCAUAUUCAUGGUGGUCAUUGCAACAAUAUUCGAAUAUACGGGUUAUCAGCUGGGUAAAGUCUGGUGUAAAAUGAUGGAAAGAUAUCCGCAUUUGGGAAUAUGUCGAAAACCAUUCCCGGAAAUGGCCAAAAAGACUAUGGGUCCUGGAAUGCAAAAUUUCACAUCAGUGAUGGGAAACGUAACGCUGUUUGGUAUAGCUGUUGUAUACCUAUUACUUUCUGCCAACAUUAUACACUAUUUCAUCGGACGUUUCACAUCACUUCCAAUGAGUAUGUGUGUGGUCAUUGUGAUGCUUGCAGUCAUUAUUCUUCCGUUCACAUACCUAGGAAGUCCAGGAGAUUUCUGGGGUGUAAUUGUGCUUGCUAUGGCCACUACUGCCUGCUCUGUAAUUUGUAUUCUGGUUGGCAUUUCUAUCGACGCACCUGCAUGUUUCCCUGAAGUCGGUUAUCCUGAACAGACACCCGGUACAAUGAUCUUAUCACUCGGAAUCUUCCUUUUCGCAUUCUCUGGGCAUUAUGUGUUCCCAACAAUCCAACAUGAUAUGAAAAAUCCUCGCGAUUUUACAAAAAGUGUUUUUGUUGGCUUUUUCUGUGUUGUGAUGCUCUAUAUGCCACUUUCUGUGUUAGGUUAUGUUGUCUAUGGAGCAGCACUGGAAAGUUCAAUCAUCUACUCAGUACAGACGAAUUUCCUUCAACUCGGUGCUAACCUUAUGAUUGCUGUGCACUGUAUCAUGACUUUGGUAAUUGUCAUCAAUCCCUUGAAUCAGGAAGUGGAGCAUUACUUGAAAGUCUCACAUACCUUUGGAACUGGACGAGUUCUCACGCGAACGACUGUCUUAUUCUUUGUGUUGUUUGUAGCACUAUCGGUACCAGACUUCUCACCCGUGAUGAACUUGGUUGGAGCGUCUACUAUCCCGAUCGGAUGCGUUAUACUACCAUCAUUAUUCUACCUCUACAGUGAAGCAGCUACUGAGGAUGAGUGGAGGAAAGGACAUAUACCAUCUUUGAUGAACGUCAUACGUCGUACCGAUAAGACCGUACUCAUCGUCAACUUCUUCAUUCUGCUUGUCGCUAUCACCGGAGGCGUUCUCGGCACCAUACAAGGGCUCGAUAAAAUAGCAAAAGCCGAGUUUUCUGCACCGUGCUAUGUUCGCGCAUUCACAUCCGGUUACUACAACAGCACUUUCGAGAUCAAGCAAAAUUGUUGUGGUCGUUUUCGGAACAUCUCCACUUACGACAUAAUGUGCUCCGCGUAGCGCGUCUACAUGGAAGAAAACCUUACGAAAUCGCAUGUGCAGCCCGACUCCGCGCCCACUUGCACAUAGAUCAUGACAAUGUUUUCUAUACAUAGUACUAGUAUUUAGAUCGUUUUAGUUGGACGUUCUAAUUCUAUGAUACUUUGGACGUUUUCACUUUUCUAUCAGGAUGCGUAAGUGCUCAUCGAUUUAUUGAUGGAAGAAAUUAUAGAAAAUUGAGAGUUUAUCCUAGCUCACUUGUCCGAGUAUUCACUUUACUAUGCACAGCAUAUCCAAGUUGUAUCUUGAACUCAUUCAUAUACCAUUUAUUCGUAAUCUUUGGUGUAUAUAGUGCUAGGUAGUGCACAGCUCACGUUGAACGAGUAUUCAAGCAGUAAUGCGCGAUUUUUCUCAGAUUAUUUUCUCUUUCUUUGGGUGUGCCUGUCGAUGUUCGUUGCUGACGCGCGCGCAGAUGAGAUAGACUUCUGUGCCAAGUAAGCGUAUUUCAACUUAUGAUUGUAUGAUUGGAAUGUAAGUGGCAUCCGGUGAUUUACGGUAAAAUCGGUGUAAUUGUCGUCAUCACUACCCCAGUGUGAGAUGUUGUUGAUUUUACGUUUUGAUUGUACUCAUUCUGCCUUUUCUGAUAAAGAUUCUACUCCUU